AUGAAACUAUUCAUUGUUGUUGUUGUUUUACUAUUUAUAACUGUUGUUAACGCCCUCUAUUCUGAAUGGGAAGAAAUUCGACCUUAUUGCGGUGCUCGAAGUCAACCACAGUGUUGUACCAGUCGAAAUGACAAUUGUUUUAUGCCCUAUUAUGAUUCACGAUGUUAUUGUGAUACGUUCUGCUUUCGUGCACAUGAUAAUCAUGAUUGUUGUCCCGAUCACGAUGCCAUCUGUGAAGGCAAAAAUGUUACAGAACCUGUUCGACCACCGCCGCAACAGACUGGUACAUGUAUUGAUCAAGAGACGAACAGAAUAUAUGAGGUUGGUGGAUCGAUAAAACGCGACUGUAAUUUAUGUCGAUGUACGACACUCGGUUAUCGAGCAGAUUGGUCAUGUGAAGAAGAUUUAUGCGUGAAUAGUCCUGAAUUACUUCAGCAUGUUAAACAACAACAACCGUAUACUGGAUGGGAUGGAACACAUUACGAUAAAUUUAAUGGGGUGAAGGUGAGAGAUGCACUGAAAUAUUAUCUUGGUACAAUACCAGAUCCAUCGCUGAGAUCAAUGGUCGAAAAAGCACCAGAUGAUCCAGCAGAUUAUUAUCGUAUGGAUGAUGAAAAGAGUUUCGAUACCAGAACAAAUGCUAAAUAUCAAAAUAAAAUCCGUGGUAUUCGCGAUCAAGGCAAAUGUGGUAUAUCAUGGGCAUUAUCAACAGUGGAUGUGGCAUCCGAUCGUUUAUCACUUGUUGAAACUAUUCAUUGGACACGUGAACCAUUAAGUGUACAAAAUGUUUUAUCAUGUACUGAUCCAGAGGCAAAAGAUGGAUGCGAAGGCGGUCGUGUGGCAUUUGCAUGGGGUUUUAUUAAAGAUAAAGGUGUUAUCACAGAUAAUUGUUAUCCGUAUGAAAGUGGAACAACGGGAAAUAUCUCCGAGUGUCGAUUCCGUUUGACUGAUGACAAUAUUUUAAAUAUUCAACAACAUCGAAAAUUAACAAACAUACAGUGUCCAUCAGGUGCUACAAAUGGACAACAUUAUAACUUUGGCCCUGCCUAUCGCGUACGAAAUGAACCACGUUCAGUUAAGUAUGAAAUAUAUUUCCGUGGUCCCGUUCAAGCAACCAUGUUGGUUACACCCGACUUCUUCUUAUAUAAAAAUGGUAUUUAUAAAUGUCAAAAUAAUUACGAUCGACAAAAUCCAAGAUAUGCUAAUUUGAAUGCUCAUCAUUCGAUACGUCUAUUAGGUUGGGGAACCGCAAAAGAUCCACGAACACAACAAGAUGAAUCCUAUUGGAUAGCUGCUAAUUCAUGGGGUGAAGGAUGGGGACAAAACGGAUAUUUCCAUAUUCGAUUUGGUGAUUGUCAAGUUGAAGAAACAGUCAUUGCAACAUAUGGUAAGAGUACAGAAGUAUUAAAACAAAAACAAAAACGACAAAAACGCAGUGACGAACAAGAUAAUACUAUCGAAUUUUUGUCAUCGUAA